AUGCGCCGAUUCUCCGGCCUGUCAAUGAAGUCCACCGUGUCAGCCGUGGUCGAAGCGGUUCUCGUUGACCCGCAGGUUCCUCAGCGGAGGCGGACGCUUCGGCAUGUGAAGAAGCACAAGACCUUGCGAGAUUCUAACCCCAGGGAAGAGUACCGCAACCAUCAGGCUGGCUCCCUCACAGCGGAGAGCUUAAAGGCUCACAAUGCCUUGAUGGAAUCGCAAACACUCAAACUUGCACUGAAGAAGGCCGAGAGCAACCAAGACGUCAAGAUCCACCAAACAGGACCUGGGUCAGAGGUCGCCGUGAUGGAGGAGAAGCCACAAGCCGUUGAUCCCCGGAAAUGGACCCCCAGCAAUCGCCUUCAUUCCCGCAACCCCAUCUGGCAUGACCCCGCAGCCGAACGACAGGUGCUUUUAGGUAACUACUUCGAGGAAAUGGAGAAGAAGCCGAAGCGUAGCAUCUCUCUAGUCCGACGUGCCCUAUCCCGCCGCCGUUAUUCGGAAUCCGCGGCUAGUUCGCCUCUCCGCCCCGGUUUCCUAGUUCGCAGUCUUUCCCUAUCCAAGGCUGUACGCAAGGUGACGGAGCCCAACUCCUCUGUUGCUGGGAAGAACCAAAAUGAGGCGGAGCCAAUGUAUCCUACCGAGGAAUGUCCACCGGCGAACGAGCAUAUGCUCCACCCAUUCUGGAGACCUUAUUCGGACGACGGUUCAGAUGAUGAGGAGGACCGUUCUUACGAUGGACAUCCUGAUGAUGAGGAGCCCUACGAACGCAUCUUCCGAUACCCACCCAUUGACAACCGGCCAAGGCGUAGCUUCAGCCAACGCCUUAAGAAGACGUUCGCUGUACUUCCCGUACAAGAACCACAGUCGCGCAUUUCACACGCGGCGAGAAAUUUUGAUACGGACCGUCGCACCAUUGGCCGAACAGCGAGCGGAAAUCUGCGAGUUAUCCGACGGCGCGGGAGUUUGGAUUCAACCAUCGCCCCCUUCCUUUUGGCGCGGACACUCUCGGACUAG